AUGAUUAUAAAGGAAUACCGUAUCCCAUUGCCGCUCUCUGUGGACGAGUUCGAGCGUGGCCUACUGUACGCAGUUUCCGCUUGCAGUCGUAAUGAAACGGGUGGUGGUGAGGGAGCCGAAUUCCUUGAGCAACGAGAAUUCACUAGUGAUGAUUUGCGUCCCGGACAGACUGUCACCGGCACAUAUACCAAAAAAAUCUACCGCCUCCGUUCGAAAGCUCCAUGGGUGCUCCAGAAGCUUCUGCCGCCAGAGGCUUUCGAGAUUCACGAGGAGAGCUGGAACGCAUAUCCAUACUGUAAAACGGUGCUUACGAACCCGGGAUACAUGAAAGAGAACUUCCAUCAAGUCAUUGAAACUCUCCAUUUACCAGACAACGGAAGUACUGAAAAUGCGUUGGAUGGUCCGGAAAAGCGAGAAAUUGUCUGGGUCGAUAUCGCGGAUAAUGACAUUUUUGGAGCCAAAAACUAUAAAAAGGAAAAGGAUGCGAGCAUUUUUGAGCCAGAAUGUGUGGAACGAGGACCACUAGAUGAGGACUGGAUUGAUGAACAUGAUCCGAUCAUGUGCGCCUAUAAGCUUGUCUCCUGUCAUUUCAAAUGGACUGGUCUCCAGCGUAUGGUCGAAAAAACAAUUCAUAAGCAGUAUCCACGUGUCUUUGGUCUGAUGCAUCGUGAUGCCUAUGUGCUUCUGGAUGAAUGGUUCAAUAUGUCAAUGGAAUCGAUUCGUGAGUACGAGGAAGAGACGGCUCAUGUGCUCCGUAAGCAGUUGGCUCAUCCGGAAAAGCGUGGAACCACCUGUGACGAUGAUAACAAUAACAACAAGUGA